AUGGACCCCACAAAUAUGCAAGAGUUAAUGGAUGGGAAUUCGGUUCCUUUUGCGGACAUACAAGAAGACAAUGCGACCAAUAUAACAGAAAGUGUUUCAGAUGUCAAUGACAACAUGAGUGACAGCGAGACAGAGAACAUGCAGAAUGAAUAUACAUUAUCUAUUGUUCUAUACUGUCGGCUUCUUAUCAUGAUGAUUGGGGAUCAUGUGAAAUGGUUCUAUACCACAAUAACGAAGGGAGGGGAUAGUGGUGACAUUUCUCAAACUCCGAGUGCUCUUCAUGAACGCAAUGAAGACACGGAAAUACUGGAUAAACAAGCGUUGGAAUGCCCUGACAUGGAGCUUGAAUCGGGUCUUAGAGGCUAUAGUGCGUCUUCCUCCAGUUUGCCAAGUGGGCCUUCAGAAGGCGUGGCCCUCCCGCCACUGACGGAUGAAAAUUUGAAUUUAUUUCGACCAAAGAAGAAAAUAAUCACCAACCCUGUUGGAAGACUUAAGGAACUGGAGGAGUGUGAAAGAAAUUAUCCUGGAUGGUUCAAGUAUCUUUACAAAGAGUAUUUGGCCGACAAAAGGGCAUUUCUUGAAUUUAUCCUAGGGUCAACUAACGCUGUCAGUAGUGAAGACAUGGAUCUUUACGAUCCACAUGGAGGAGAUUACCAAUGGCUCAAUGAGACACCCUCUGUGCGUUCACCGGAUAAUCAUGACCCAUCAAACGACGAGGAUAAUUGA